AUGGCAGAAGAACCCUCUCAAUGUCGUGAAAAGUUGACUAAUCUCACUGUUGAAGUAGGAAAAAACUUUUUUCUAUUUAUGGUUAUGGUGAUUAUGUGCAAUGGUUUGCAUUUUCUGACAAAGCCUUAUUCACAUCCUCGAAUCACUUCUGACAUACUUGUAGGAAUAGUUGUUGGAAACAUAGGAAUUGUACGCAAUCUAUUUGAGAAAUUCAACAGGACAUUUGGAUUUAUAAUUGAUUUUGGUAUGAUGUGUUACAUGUUUGCAUUAGGGAUAGAAAUGGACCCUUAUAUACUAUUAAAAAAACCACCAAGACAUGUUAGAGUUGCUUAUCCAGGAAUUUGCAUAACAAUCUUACUAGGAAUUAUUUUCUCCCCUUUUGUAACUUACUUCCCAAACAGAGAUAAAAUAUUAGAAUUCACAACAGCUCUUUCCCUUCUACUAGCUAGUACAGGUUCGCCUGUGUUGACGCGUUUACUAACACAGCUCAAAAUCGGAAAGUCAGAUAUCGGGAAGCUUGCAAUCGCGACGGCAAUGUACUCGGAUUUUUUUUGCUACUUUUUACUUUCCAUUUGUUACAUACUCGUUCCACUACCCGAAACUUGCGAUGAUUUGGCCUUGGAUGUUGAGACUGAAAAAAAGAUCAGAAUGGGUUUUGGAGUUUUGGGUGAAGUACUAUUCACACUAUUAUUUUCGCCGUUUUUUAUGAGUUGGGUUGAUAAUGAAAAUCCAGAAGGCAGACAUAUGAAAGGUCCACAUUUGAUACUUUCACUUGCAUUUGUGGUGUUAAUGUGUGCCUCUUCAUCAUUAAAUGGUUUUAGUCCACUUUUAAGUGCAUUUUUGGUAGGUGUUAGUUUUCCUAGGGAAGGUAGGGUUUCAAAAUGGGUUAUCACCAAAAUCAACUAUUUGUUGAAUACAAUUUUUUUUCCAAUUUUUUUCUUGUGGGUUGGGUUUGAAGCUGAUUUGAGGCACUUUGAGGCAGGUAAUAUUAACACAUGGACACAGAUACUUAUGCUUAUAAUUUUAUCAAUAAUUGGAAAAGUCGGUGGUGCACUUGUUUCUGGUGCCACAGAGGGAUUUCGUUGGCCUGAAGCAACUGCUAUAGGAUUGCUUCUUACUACAAAGGGUCAUUUGCAUAUCUACUUGGCUAUCAAAGUGAUGGGUUGUGGUAGAGCAACAAGUAAGUCGACGGUCAUUGGGAUGAUAUUGGCAAUCUUUUUCACUGUUUUGUACAUACCAUCAGUCGUAGCGCAAAUUAUAAGACGUGCAAGGAAAAAGGUGCCUACGCAUCGCUUAGCACUUCAUUCACUCGAUCCAUCGAGCGAGCUAAGGAUCCUCUUAUGUGUUCAUGGACCACACAAUGUUCCCGCUUCCAUAAACUUUAUGGAGAUUUCAAAAGGGGAAGCUGAUCCUGGUAUUCUAGUAUAUGUCACUGACAUGAUAGAACUAACAGACGAAAUAUCGGAAACUUUAGAGAGGGAUGAAGGACUGCACACAGAAACUGUAGAAGACACGGAAGUAACAAAUGCAUUUCAAGCGCAUGUUUUAGAUAGUGGUGAAGGUAUUACAUUGAAAAGAACCAUGGCACUAUCAACAAUUAAUAACAUGCCACAAGAUAUUUGUAUUUUAGCAGAGGACUUGAUGAUUGCCCUUGUCAUAUUACCAUUCCAUAGGCGUCAACGCCAGGAUGGAACAAUGGAUAUUGGUAAUCAAGGGUUCAGAUAUGUGAACAGAAAGGUACUAAGAAGUGCCGUAUGUUCGGUUGGGAUUCUAGUAGAUAGAGGCUUUGGAUCAUUCGAAGAAUUAUCAAGAAGUCAAAAGACAGUAAAUGUGGCAGUCAUAUUUAUUGGUGGAAAAGAUGAUAGAGAAGCACUUGCCUAUGCCAGCCGCGUCACUCAACAUCCGGCAGUAAAGCUCACUGUAAUAAGAUUCCUAGUAGAUACAAGUGCAGAGUCAUCAAGAUUAGUCGGAUACAGAAUCAUCCUCCCUGACCAAGAGAAAGAGAUGCAGUUAGACGAUGAAUGUUUUGCACAGUUCUAUGAAAAGCAUGUGGUAGGAGGCAAAAUUGCAUACAUGGAGAAACAUCUUGCAAGUGCUGCUGAGACAUUCACUAUUUUGAAAUCAUUUGAAGGGAAAUACUCAUUGGUUAUUGUAGGAAAAGAAGGAGGAGUGAACUCUAUAUUAACAAAAGGUAUGAAUGAUUGGCAACAGUGUCCGGAGCUUGGACCUAUAGGGGAUGUUCUUUCAGGACCAGAUUUCUCUAUGACUGUCUCAGUUUUGAUAAUCCAACAACAUAGACUUAAAGGAGAUAUAGAUGGAUUAGAUGAAGACUUUUCUAUCAUGUCAUAUAACAAGUUUUAG